AUGGCUUCAUACACAAUGGCACCGGGCACCGUGGAAGCUGGCCUUGGAGAGAGGACGGUGGUUGUGGUUGAAAAGAUCGCAUCUUCACGGUGGAGGUGGCGGGUGUGCAGCGUAGUCUUCAUCGUGUCCCUCUGUGUAGCCGGCGCCCUGUUAUUUGCUUGGUACUGGAGCGGAAGGCCAGAAAGGAUGAUGCAGUCAGGCCAGAAAGAAGCACUGAUCGAGAAGGAAACCAGCAAAGCGACAGAUCCCCACAACACACUGAGGCAAAUCAGCAGCAAAGCCAAGGCAGCCAUCCAUUUAGUAGGCUUUUAUGAACACGACAGGAAUUUCAAAGGCCAGGUGGAGUGGAAGAAUGAUCGAGGUCCGGCAUUCGCUCAAGGGGGGUUCAAGCUGCAAGACAACAAGAUAAUCAUCCCACGAACCGGGCUCUACUUUGUCUACAGCCAGGCGUCGUUCAGAGUCACGUGCAACGACGAAGACGACAACGGGAACGCGGGAAGGCACUUCACGCCACUCAGCCACACAGUGCUGCGCUUCUCGGACUCCAUUGGUGGCGACGCUUCUCUGAUGAGCGUAGUGAGGUCGGCCUGCCAGAGCUCUGCCCACGAAGACAGCACCAGAAUCGGAGAGGGCUGGUACAAUGCGCUUUACCUCGGUGCAGUGUUCCAGCUGAACAAGGGAGACAAACUGUGGACGGAGACCAAUCAGCUAGCAGAGCUGGAGACCGAAGGGGACAAGACAUUUUUUGGUGUGUUUGCACUUUAA